GGCCUGGGUAAAUGCAGCAUGCGGGCUCCAAAGCUGGUCGCAGGAAUAAUGCGUGUUCGUCGUCGCGCAGGUGGCGUGCUCCUUUAAGCCGGUAGUUGAGGCGCUGAGGGAAGCUGUAGUAGGAUUGUUCGAGGAUUCUCUUCGGUAAACCUCGUUCCCAGUUCCUUGUUCCCGGUUCCCUGGCCCGCCGUGGCAUUUCAGGCUUUCUCCUCCUUUCCAUUCCUCCUGUCUUAACUAUCCUCUUUUCCUUUGCUUCCCUCCUGAUUUGGUCCUCUUCUUGGUCCGCCAAAGAACCAUUGACCCUGGAGCGGCCCGGGUGCGAGCUCGGUUCAGUGAUUUUGAAGUUGAAGUUUGCGGCUGAAGAUGGCGGACCCAGACGUCCUCACCGAGGUCCCUGCAGCACUGAAGAGGCUGGCCAAGUAUGUGAUCAGGGGCUUUUAUGGCAUCGAACAUGCCCUGGCCUUGGACAUCUUGAUUCGGAACCCCUGCGUGAAAGAGGAGGAUAUGCUGGAGCUGCUCAAGUUUGAUCGGAAGCAGCUUCGAUCGGUCCUGAAUAAUUUAAAGGGAGACAAAUUCAUCAAAUGCAGAAUGAGAGUGGAGACUGCUGCAGAUGGGAAGACCACUCGCCAUAACUAUUACUUCAUUAAUUACCGCACUCUCGUUAACGUGGUGAAGUACAAGCUGGACCACAUGAGGAGGAGGAUUGAAACGGAUGAGAGAGAUUCUACCAACCGGGCUUCCUUCAAAUGUCCUGUCUGUAAAAGUACUUUUACAGACUUAGAAGCUAAUCAGCUGUUUGAUCCCAUGACAGGAACUUUCCGCUGUACUUUUUGUCAGACAGAGGUAGAAGAGGACGAAUCAGCAAUGCCCAAAAAAGAUGCGCGCACACUUCUGGCAAGGUUUAACGAACAAAUUGAGCCUAUUUACGCACUGCUUCGGGAGACAGAGGAUGUGAACUUGGCCUAUGAAAUACUUGAACCAGAACCCACAGAAAUCCCAGCCCUGAAACAGAGCAAGGACCGUGCAGCAACUACUGCUGGAGCUGCUGGCCUGGCAGGUGGCCACCACCGGGAAGCAUGGGCCACCAAAGGCCCCUCCUAUGAGGACUUGUACACUCAGAAUGUUGUCAUUAACAUGGAUGACCAAGAAGAUCUUCACCGAGCCUCCCUGGAGGGGAAAUCUGCCAAAGAGAGGCCCAUUUGGCUGAGGGAGAGCACUGUCCAAGGGGCAUAUAGUUCUGAAGAUAUGAAAGAAGGCGGCGUAGAUAUAGACGCAUUUCAGGAGCGCGAGGAUGGCCGUGCAGGGCCGGAUGAUAACGAGGAGGUCAUGCGAGCGCUGCUCAUUCACGAGAAGAAGACUUCCUCUGCCACGGCCGGCUCGGUGGGGGCGGCGGCGCCUGUGACCACUGGCAAUGGAAGUGACUCGGAGAGUGAGACCAGUGAGUCAGACGAUGACUCUCCUCCGCAUUCGGCGGCUGUGUCGGUGCACCAUCGGGACGAGGAUGAGGAGGAUGACGAGUUUGAAGAAGUGGCAGACGACCCUGUUGUCAUGGUGGCUGGCCGUCCAUUCUCCUACAGUGAAGUGAGCCAGCGGCCAGAGCUGGUGGCCCAGAUGACACCAGAGGAGAAGGAAGCAUACAUAGCAAUGGGACAACGUAUGUUUGAGGACCUCUUUGAGUGAGCUUUUCCUGCCUUUUCCUCCUUUCUGUGAUGCUUGUUUGAAAAAGAAAUUUCCUACCUUGAAGAAAAGUGUUUAAGUGCUUUUCUACCCCUCUUGAUGUAAAGCAAUUGUUAAUCUCGUGCAAAAAUAAGGGGGGAGAAAGUUUGAUUUUUCUACGAGAAUUUUCCCAGCAGGGUAGUCUGCCUGUACGCAUUCCCCUUCCUGUGUUUCCUGCAGUAUUAAUAUUUUACUGUAUUUACUUAUCUACUUGUUUGCCUUUUGAUGACACACUUUUCUCCCUUGUGAAAUGAAGAGAGGGAAGUCUGUAAGGGGAGCUCUCCCUGUCUGCACAAGUCUCCUACACCAGGUUACAGUAAUUCACUGACAACGUCUUUUUUUAUCUGUUCUCACCAAGUGUUCCAAACAAUUCCUUAUGUUGCUGCCUACCAGAGCAGCUUGCUAAUGGACAGAUUAUUAAUGAGGGGAAAAAAAAUCCUAAAACUUCAAAUUUCCUCACAGUUGACGAUGGAGUCCAUAUAUCAGGGGUGGAGGGUGGCGGGGAGGGGUGGGUGAGGGUAUGCGCAGAAGAGGAGUGGUUGUGCCUGAAUCUCAUGAUUAAUGUCAACCCCAAAUUUGUGUCUUUAGAACUGACCACGCUGGUCGAUUCUCGUUUUCCUUAAUGCCUUUGGUUUGGUGUUAGGUGAUAGAAAACAAAGUGUGCUUGGUGAAGACUUAUGAAGAGAUUAGAAGAAAGCAAACAAACAUGGAUUUGAGACAAGGAGUCCAUGUAAAGGGGUGAAGAGUGGAGAGCACUGGGGACAGUGCCUUCUGAAUUGCCGGAGCGGGUGAUGGUUUGGAGAUCAUUUAUGCAAAGCUGAGAUUGGGCUCCCCCUUCUUCUGCAGAUCUCUUGGCGGUACUAUAAAUCGCUUAAUGAGACUGUUGCAGAAAUUGGCAUGAAAUAAUUGAUGACUCCUUUUCUCUCUUUCUCCAAGCAUCAUUGAAGGCCUUUUCUGUCUCUCCUUAGGUUCUCAUCAGACAUGGCAUUUAAGAGCAUAUCCAGUAUAUUGUUGAGCAUUGUAGCCUCAAAGAACAUAGUUUAUUUUUGGUUCUGAUAAGUAGUAUGGUGGGAUUCACUAAGGUAGAACUUUAAAAAUAAAAAAAACCCUUUCGUACAGGGGUCUAUAACACUUGUAUUUUUUGUAACAUUUUCCCUUGCAUUGUAAUUUUUAAAUAUUUAUCAUUUUUGUAGUACAUGUGUGAAGUUACAGUCGUACUUUAGAAUACCUGAGCCUUGUAUGGGGCAAUGGCUCAUUUACCUGGGUUGUGUUAAUGACUGAAUAUUGACAAUAAACCUGUUUUAUACUCACUGAAAUUUGUUAAUUUCUAGCUCUGUAACAUCUUGGAGCAUAAUUAAAGUGAAUGAAUACUCUUCCCAUUUAAAAAAAUGUUUUGGACUUGUUUCUCUUAAUAAUCAUAUUAUUUAAGAUAAUAGAAGCGAUUGUUUUGUGGUCUAAACUUUUUCUGCCUUAAGAAUAAUCUAUAAAGAUUAUAUAAAUAACUUGUACAUGUGGGAACACUCAACUUUUAAACCCUAUUUUUUAAAAAACUUUCAUAGUUAUACAAAGAAGUUUUAUUUUAAAAAAUGGUAAUCAAAUGUUAAUUUUUGAAAAUGUAAUCGUAAGUGAACUGUCAGAGCUCUUUAUUUCAAUGAAUAAAUGCUUUUCAUUUUUUUUAAUCUAAUUUUGCAUAUUCUGCUUCCUGAAGCUGCUGUCCUGUUUUCCUUUCCCGUUACUUACCAACUUCUUAAAAAAUCAAGAAUGUUAGUUGAGUAUUUCCCCUCCCUCUUGAGAUCUGCCUUUUGCCCUAUCAUUACAGUGAAAUAGCCUCAUCUAGGCCUAAUUGUUCAACCUAACAGCACUUUAUUUCUCUUUCUCUUCGGCCUGUCUUCAGUAUUGGAUGCUAUUAACCCAUCCUUUUUCCUUGAAACUUUUCAUUUAGUGUCCUUGUCAUUACACUGUCCUGGUCCCCUCUCCCUCAUUGAGUCUUCCUGCUCAUUCUCCUUCAGACUUUAUUCUCCUCUGCUGUAUGCACGGACAUACCUUCAGGCUUAGGUUUUGUCUUUUGUCUUCAUUUUUUUUCCUGUGGAAUUUAUGUGUGGACGAAUGUCACAGGUAAAGACAGAAGUAUGAAUAUAAGGUUAUGAAUUGCCGCCGUGUUUGAAAUAGAAUAAAAUGGAAAGAUCGAUACAUAGUUGCACUAAAUAUGCAUUAAUCAGGGCUUAGUUAAAUUAUUUUCCUGUGAAACCACAUAGCCAAAGAGAAUAUAUUGUCAGAAAAAGACGUCCAUAAUGUGGUAAGUAUAGAAGAUUCAGCUUUUCUACCUUUGUGAGUAUUCGUGUGCGUGCGCGCGCGUGUGUGUGUGUAAAGAAAAUAAGUAGCUGACUGUGCUUACUAUGUGCCAGACAUGGAUAUAACUGCUUUACAUGUGCUGGCUCAUUUAAUCCUUUAUAGUAAACCUGUGAAGGAGGUAUAUGUGAGUAAAGAUACACAUUCUGUUAAUAAUUGGGCAUGAAAAUUACAGUGGUCUUAAUGUGUUAUAAUGGAAAUACAUUCCCAUUUUGGAGACAGACUUAAUGGAUGUUCAAUGAACUUCACGUAGAAAGUACCUGAUAAAAUUAAAAGCCCAGAAAUAGAGUGACAGAAGCAAACUUUUUUUUGUUAUGCCAGGGCUUCUAGAUGUGUUUUUUUUUUUUCAAUCCUGGAUCCAUCAUUUCCUUGGAGAAACAUCUCUGACCUUAUUCUCAAAAUUAAUAAGAAAGGAUAAUUUAAUAUGUAAGAUUUUGGACAUUUUUCAAUCACAUGUCUAAUAAACAGUAUGAAGCUCCAUUGCGUCUUACCAGACAGGCUUGCCUCUGAAGCAGCACAGUACUCGAGAGAGGAAAGCCAGCCUGUGACAGAAGGACCAAAGUGAGCCCUGCCAGCUAUCACCUCACUCAGAGAACCAAAUUCCUGGCCUUCCCUUAUUAUAGGCUGUGGUGACAACUCCAGCUGUCCUGUGACCACACGUCUCCCCCAGCCUUGGGUGUGAACCUGUCCCAUGAUAAGGGAAGGCCAGGAAUUUGUUUUCUGUGAAUGAGGUUGGCUGUAUUAACACAAAUGUCACCUGUUCAGGUGUCCCAACUUUUCUGUUGAUUUAAAUAGAACUUUUUUAUCCUAACAUGAUGGAAUACUUCAGUAUCUUUUCUUUUGGGGACGGAGAGUCAUAUCCUCUGGCUCUAGCUCUCUGCUUUCCUGGCUUCUCCGUCUCUCUUCUGUACCACCUGAACUGACCCCCCCACAAUACUACCACCAUGUGCAUGUAGUAGACCUUCAAGCCAAAGUUUUUAGGGUAAUGGGCAAGGGCAGGGGGAGUCAGUAAGAGAAGUUUCUGUCCCAGCACUGUUUAGCCAAGGAAUAAGAUUGGAUAGUACACAUCUGUGCUGUUAACCGUUCUCACAGGUUAUCAACCCAAAUAGAAUCCUGCCUCCAAAUCUCACUAAAAUUUCAGCUUCCUUUCUUCUCUUAUCACCCCGUUUCUCUUCAAAGGCCUUCGAAAGUUCUAAAUGUAUUAGGGAAAAUAAUUUAGUUCUUUGUUUUAUUAUUUCCUUCCAAAAGGAUCUUGAAACCUCCCAUCAAAAGUGGCCUAUUAAGCCAUUUCCCUAAACGAAGAAUCACGUCUCCACCUCUAGGAGCCAACAUGGGAAGUUAACUAUGGCUUUUUUCUCUCCCCACUGCACUAAAAAUAUCACUCAUCAUACUUUGCCCGAAGUAAGGUGAUAGGCGAGCCUCAACCUCGUGUCUGGUACAAAGCUGCUUUCCACAAUUCUGUGCUUUUGUCCUGUCUGCUCUUGAAUUUGAAGACUUUUUUUUUUUUUAUUUUGAAACUCCGUUUUCCCAAAAACAUCUUCAGUGGUGUUCAGUUUAAUUGAUGAAAAGAAAAUACUCAAUUGGGCGUGAUCUGCAAGUCAGGAGACUAGGUUCUAGUCGCUGCUACAGCUGACUUGACGCUGGCACUGUUACCUGAUGUAGCCUUUCUAGGCCAGUUUCUCAACUCUUAGUACUGAGAGGAUUGUGCUAGGAUCACUUAGAUUCCCUCCAGCUCUAAUAUUUUGUGGAGAGAGUGGUAGUCAGUAUAUUUAAAACUGAGGCCAAAUAAUAAUAACCAAAAAAACAACAAAAAAUCUUCUAAUGGGCUAUAGCAAUUUGAACUAGGUGAAAGAUAUUUUACUUGAGGACUAGUGUGGGUGGCAGGUUUAGGAUUGAGGGUGUAUCAAGCCAAAGCAUAAACAAUAGCUAGUUAGGUUUCUCUUUCCUCGUCUUCCCAAGGUGCUUCAUUUCUAGUCAUCUAAAGGACUGAGGGAGAAAUAAUUGAAUAUUUUAUGUUCUUCUUAGUAUUGUUUGAGAGAAUUGGACACCGAGUGGAAAUAAGAUCGAGAAGAGCAAUUCCCAGCCAGGACCACAAUAGAAAGAUUUACAUAUGUAUUCCUGAGUUUAAAAAAAGUAACAGAAAAUGGCAAUUAAAAAACAAAUAUGAAAAUUUUUAGAAUUGAGAAAUUGGUAUAAUUCCGCCUUUCUCUUUGUUUAGCAUUUUUUCCCACUAAAGUGAUUUUACGUAUGUCAUUUCUAGCAGAGCUAUGCUAUGAAACUUUUUUUUUUUUAAUCUAAAAAUCUCAUCGGGAUAUGUGGAAGAUUUUCAGGAAGGAACUGGUACUAUGGUAAACUUACGGCCUGUUCUUUUGGCUCUUUAUAUUUUAAAAGAAACAAACCGAAUGAGGUAAGUAUAGAUACUCAAAACGUAAAGGCAAAAUGAGUUGGGAAAAGGAAGGAGUCAUGAAAUUUUACUUCUUUUGAAGGUUUUUUUUUUUUUUUUUUUAAAUCCGAGUGUUUUUGGUGAAAGUUUACACAGCAAAUUAGGUUCCCAUUUAACAGUUUCUACACAAAUUGUUCAGUGACAUUGGUUACGUUUUCCACAAUGUGUGAACAUUCUUGUUAUUUAUAUUCCAGUGGUUCCAUUUCCAGCAAUCUAGUUAGCCUGCCCCUGUUAUGGAUUGAAUUGUGUCCCCCAAAAAUAUGUCAUAAUCCUAACCCCAAUACUUGUGGUUAUAAUCCCAUUUGGGAAUGAGUUUUCUUUGUUGUAUAGCCUGCCCCUGUUAUGGAUUGAAUUGUGUCCCCCAAAAAUAUGUCAUAAUCCUAACCCCAAUACUUGUGGUUAUAAUCCCAUUUGGGAAUGAGUUUUCUUUGUUGUAUUAAUGAGGCAGUAUUAGUGUAGGGGGUGUCUUAAGUCAAUCUCUUAGAUAUAAAAGAGCAGAUUGAGCAAGCAAGCAAGCACAGAUGGGGGAAGAUAGAUGCCACACCACAUGAGAUCUCCAAUAAACCAAGAAACAGAAGCUAAAAAGAGACAAGGACCUUC